CGUCUCGAGAUUGAAUUGAAAUAUGGUUUGUAUGAAAAGUUAGGAGGAUGCCCUUACGAAUUCGAUCAGGAUAGUCAAUGCUCAAUAGUGAGGAGGGGGAUCGAGGAUCGAAUUCAUUCCCAGAAGAGAGAGAAUAGAUGGGUUGGGGUUGGGCAAUCUACGAGGGAGUGGUGGCGUUGGGAUCGCUAGGGCUGCUGGGAUGGGCGGGGCUGUGGUUCUUGAACCGAAGGCUCUACAAAGAGUACGAAGAGAAGAGGGUCUUAGUUCAGAUCAUUUUCAGCGUCGUCUUCGCCUUCUCCUGCAAUCUUCUGCAGCUCGUCCUCUUCGAGAUCAUCCCCCUUCUCUCCCAAAGGGCCCGAUGGCUCAACUGGAAGCUCGAUUUGUUUUGUCUCAUACUGUUACUGGUUUUCAUGUUGCCUUAUUAUCAUUGUUUCUUGAUGCUCUGCAACAAUGGGUUUCGGAAGGAACGCGCUGCUCUUGGAUCCUUCUUGUUCUUGCUCUCCUUCCUUUAUGCUUUUUGGCGCAUGGGCAUUCACUUCCCUAUGCCUUCGCCCGAUAAAGGCUUCUUCACCAUGCCUCAGUUGGUCAGUCGCAUUGGCGUCAUUGGCGUUACUGUCAUGGCUGUCUUGUCCGGUUUUGGAGCUGUCAAUUUGCCCUAUAGUUACUUAUCUCUCUUUAUCCGAGAAAUUGAGGAAACUGAGAUCAAGUCCUUGGAAACACAGCUCAUGCAUUCCAUCGAGACUUGUAUUGCUAAGAAGAAGAAAAUCAUUCUUUCUCAAAUGGAGAUGGAACGCAUUCAAGGACCAGAAGAGUUGCAGAAAUUAAAAGCUAGAUCUUUAUUUAAAAGAAUUGUUGGCACUGUUGUGCGAUCUGUGCAAGAUGAUCAAAAGGAGCAAGAUAUCAAAAACAUGGAAGCAGAAGUGCUAGCAUUGGAAGAGCUUUCAAAGCAGCUAUUCCUGGAAAUAUAUGAGCUUCGUCAAGCAAAGGAGGCUGCUGCUUAUUCUCGAACCUGGAAGGGUCAUAUGCAGAACCUACUGGGUUAUGCAUGCUCAGUCUACUGUGUAUAUAAAAUGAUUAAGUCUUUGCAAAGUGUUGUUUUCAAAGAGGCUGGCUCUGUGGAUCCUGUGACGAUGGCAAUUAGCAUAUUCUUGCAGUUCUUUGACAUUGGUAUCAAUGCAGCCUUGCUAUCACAGUAUAUUUCACUCUUGUUCAUUGGAAUGUUGAUUGUUAUAUCAGUUCGUGGAUUCUUGACAAAUUUAAUGAAGUUUUUUUUUGCAGUUUCCAGAGUUGGAAGUGGAUCUUCUAGCAACGUUGUAUUGUUUCUCUCUGAAAUUAUGGGAAUGUACUUUGUGUCCUCUAUUCUAUUGAUAAGGAAAAGCUUGGCGACUGAGUACAGGAUGAUCAUAACAGAUGUAUUGGGUGGAGAUAUUCAGUUUGACUUCUAUCACCGAUGGUUUGAUGCAAUCUUUGUGGCCAGUGCUUUCCUUUCUUUGCUUUUGCUUUCUGCACAUUAUACUUCUCGGCAAGCUGACAAACACCCGAUUGAUUAAUAUGGCAACCAUUGCCUUGCAGGUGCUAAAUGGUAUGUUGGAUCUAACUCUUCAUACAUGAUCGACCAAAGGAUGAUAAAUCCGAAUGGAUUACAUCCAACAACAGUCGGUUGUCAUGUUGAUGGCGGGGAUGGUUUUAAACAGAACGGGCCGAAGGGCUGCCUGGUAUUGUAUGCUGAGAAUGGGAAGGGGAAAGGAAAGGAUGAAGGAGGUGCUGUUGAAUCUGACAACCACAAAAGUUGCUCCUCCAUCCUUAUUAGUUUGUUUGUCUUAUGCUUUUGCCAUAAUGCCAUCAUUGCCACGUACAGAUUCUCUACUUUUUCCCCUCAACGCUUGAAUUCUUCCUACA